AUUAUACGUUUGUAAAAUGCGCGCAAAUCUAUUCGCUAGAAUCGAAAAGACACAGAGUGCUCAGGCCCUGUUUGUAACCCCUCGAGCUAAAUACCGGGAUCGGGACUAGUCCAAGUAGCCGCCAGCCGGGUAGCCUUUAUGCCGCCUGUCGCACCUUUUAUUUCUCACACCACCCCUACUUUCGAAUCCAUUCUUGCUGUGAGCCGGUGACAUCGAACAAAAUGGCGUCCUUAACUCGUCCAAUCCUUUCUAUACCCCAGAAGCGACCCGCCCUGCUCCCCGCCAUCGCCAGGCACCACCAACAACCACAUCAACUGAGAUGGACUACCACCCAAAACCCAACCCCUAAAUACCAAAUUGAACCCCAAACCCCCCAACAAGGCCAAUCGCUCCUCGCCCAACAACGUCUCCGCCGUCCCGUCGCCCCCCACCUCGGGAUCUACAAAUGGCAAGUCCACUCCGUCUCGUCCGCCAUGCAGCGCAACACCGGAAUUCUCUUCUCGGGUAGUCUCUACCUCUUUGCGACAUCUUACCUCGCGGCUCCGUAUCUGGGCUGGGAUCUCUCAUCGACGAGUUUGGUUGCUGCCGCGGCGACACUUCCCGUGGCGGUCAAGUUCGCGUUGAAGUUUGUGGUGGCGUGGCCGUUCACGUUUCAUAUUAUUGCGGGUGUGAGGUAUUUGGCUACCUCGGGGGCGAAGACGUUGGAGAAUAGGGAGAAGUUUGUGAGGAUUGCGUGGGGGGUGGUGGGGGCGAGUUUGGUGAGUGCGGUGGGGGUGGUGGUGUUUUAUUGA